UUCCUUAUUCCCAAGCCAUGAAUGAAUCUAGGUGGACGGAACGGAGGAUCCUGAACAUGAGCAGUGGCAUUGUGAAUGUAUCUGAGCAUCACUCCUGCCCACUGGGAUUUGGCCAAUACAGUGCAGUGGACGUCUGCAUUUUUGAGACAGUUGUUAUUGUCCUGCUAACUUUUCUUAUUAUUGCUGGGAAUUUAACUGUCAUCUUUGUCUUUCACUGUGCUCCACUCUUACACCAUUAUACUACCAGCUAUUUCAUUCAGACAAUGGCAUAUGCUGAUCUUUUCGUUGGAGUUAGCUGCUUGGUUCCUACUCUCUCACUUCUCCACUAUUCCACAGGCGUUCACGAGUCAUUGACUUGCCAGGUGUUUGGAUAUAUCAUUUCCGUUCUAAAAAGUGUUUCUAUGGCAUGUCUGGCUUGCAUCAGUGUGGAUCGCUACCUUGCAAUAACCAAGCCUCUUUCCUACAAUCAACUGGUCACACCUUGUCGCCUGAGAAUUUGCAUCAUUUUGAUCUGGAUCUACUCUUGCCUAAUUUUCUUGCCUUCCUUUUUUGGCUGGGGGAAACCUGGUUACCACGGUGACAUUUUUGAAUGGUGUGCCACCUCAUGGCUCACCAGUGCCUAUUUUACUGGUUUUAUUGUUUGUUUACUUUAUGCUCCCGCUGCCUUUGUUGUCUGCUUCACUUACUUCCACAUUUUCAAAAUUUGCCGGCAGCACACCAAAGAGAUAAAUGAUCGAAGGGCUCGUUUCCCAAGUCAUGAAGUGGAUGCCUCUGGAGAGACUGGACAUAGCCCUGACCGUCGCUAUGCCAUGGUUUUAUUUCGGAUAACCAGUGUAUUUUACAUUCUGUGGCUCCCUUAUAUCAUUUACUUUCUUCUAGAAAGCUCCCGGGUCUUGGACAACCCGACACUAUCCUUCCUCACAACCUGGCUUGCUAUAAGUAAUAGUUUCUGUAACUGUGUAAUAUAUAGCCUCUCAAAUAGUGUUUUCCGGCUAGGCCUCCGAAGACUGUCUGAGACAAUGUGCACAUCAUGCAUGUGUGUGAAAGAUCAGGAAGCACGAGACCCCAAGCCAAGGAAACGGGCUAAUUCCUGCUCCAUUUGAAGAGCCUGCACAGUAAAUCAAAUGUAAUCUGACAGUGGUUUUGUGUUGUAUUCCUGAUUGCAUUUGGAAUUUUGCCACCAGAGAAAUAUUUGCCUGAAUAAUUGUGAAAUGAAGGAUGAAACUAAAGAUUUCUUCUAUUUUCCCGCCCUUUUCAUGGAAAAAAACAGCUAAAGGAUGUGUAGAGGUUAAUCUCAUGAGGUAAUGAUAGCAUGUGAGUAUAGAUGUGCAGUAAGAAGAAAAAUUAAGCACUAAGGAUGAAAAAAGUAUCUCAAAUCUUCCACAGG